GGCCGGCCCCGACUGCGCCACCCCCGCCUGCCCGCCGGGCCUGGGCGGGGCCCGCUGCGACAUCGAGGUGCCCUGGGUAACACCACGGUUGGCCUCCCGCACCCCAACGUCCCUGCGCAUCACCUGGCCCCAGCCCCUCGUUCUUCCUGAUGGCUACCGGGUGACACUCGUCCCCCUGGAUGACCCUGUGGCCAUGACAACGCAUGAACUGCCCAGCUCUGCUGUUGCCUUCUCGGUGACAGGGCUGUCUCCAGGCCACCCCUUCGAGCUGCUGGUCCAAGCCCGGCGGGGUCCACAUCUGGGGGCACCCGGGGUCCUGCGUCUGCGCACAGCGCUCAUCCCAUCUGUGCCCCACUAUGAGGGGUCCCCAGGAUUGCCUCAGGGCUCCCUGGGGUCCCCAGCAGUGGCACCAUCAGCCCGAGGGCCUCCAGAGUCCCCAGGAUCCCCAGGGUCACUGGGGUCACCAGGGUCACCGGUGUCACCUGUAUCACCAGACUUGUCCUUGGGGUCACCUGGGUCUUUGGGGUCACCAGCACCCCCCAAGGUUCCAGCAUCUCCAGUAGCUCGAGAGUCCCUGGGAUCCCCAGCACCCUCAAGGUCAUCAGUGUCACCAGAAUCCCCAGAGCCACCAGCAUCACCAGAAUUCCCAGGGUCAUCAGUGUCACCAGAUUUCUCAGUGUCCCCAGAGUCCCCAUUGUCUCCAGAGUUCCCAGAGCUGCCAGAGUCCCCAGUGUUUCCAGGGUCCCCUCCACCCCCAUGGUCUCCAGUGUCCCCAUGGCCCUCACUGUCCCCAGGCAUCCCCUCCCUGCAGGACCUGGUGGCCCGGCUGUCCACAUACAGUGGAACCCUGCUCCAGCGUCUCGAGAGCCACCUUCGGGCCACCAACUUCCCCCUCCGUGGCAACCAGACAGUGCCAGGGGUGGCCCGUGCCAUCUUGGCCUACAUCCUGCGCCGGCACCCAACCCUUGGGAGAGGACAGGGACCCACAGGAGAGGGUGGAAAACAGGAGAUAGUGCUGGAAUGGGGGGACAUGGAUGAGAUGAAGCUGACAGAGCCAUGGAGGGACGUGGAGAAAACAGUCAAAGCUGAGCCAGAAGAGCUCCGUCCAUCCCGGCCAGUCCUGGGUGACCUCAGUGUCACCAGCAUCACCCCCAGCUCCAUGCAGCUGCAGUGGACUGUCCCCAAGGACUCCUUUGACUCCUUUGUGCUGCAGUACCGGGAUGCCCAGGGCCAGCCCCAGACCCUGCCCAUUGAUGGCAGAUCCCGCUCGGUGACGGUGCCGGGGCUGUCCCCAUCUCACCGGUACCGCUUCCACCUCUACGGACUGAGGGGUGAGAAGAGGAUCAACCGUGUUUCCAUUGAUGUCAUCACAGCUGCAGCAGAGCCCGAGGAGCAGUCCUUGCUCUCAGAGGAGCCCCAGCAUGAGAAACCCCAAAUUGAGGUCCCUGGAUCUCAAGCCUCCCCAUCACGGGCAGUACUUGGGGAGCUGAGGGUCACCAGCAUCACCCCCAGCUCUGCGCAGCUGCAGUGGAGCGUCCCUGAGGGCUCCUUUGACUCCUUCAUGGUGCAGUACCGGGAUGCUCAGGGCCAACCCCAGGCCCUGCCUGUAGAUGGGAGGUCAGACUCAGUGACAGUGCCCGGGCUGUCCCCAUCCCACCGGUACCGCUUCCACCUCUAUGGGCUGCAGGGCAGGAAGAAGACUGACCACGUCUCCACUGAGGCCGUGACAGCUGCAGCAGAGCCAGAGGAGCUGCCUCUGCCCUCAGAUAAGCCCCAACAUAAAAAACCUCAAACUGAGUCCCCUGCAUCUGAGGCCCCCCUUGUGCGGGCAGAGCUGGGGGAGCUGAGGGUCUCCAGUGUCACCCCCAGCUCUGUACAGCUGCAGUGGAGUGUUCCCGAGGGCUCCUUUGACUCCUUCUUGCUGCAGUACCGGGAUGCCCAGGGCCAGCCCCAGGCCCUGCCCAUCGAUGGGAGGUCAGACUCGGUGACAGUGCCGGGGCUGUCCCCUUCCCAGCGGUACCUCUUUCACCUCUAUGGGCUGCAGGGCAGGAAGAAGAUCGACCAUGUCUCCACUGAGGUCAUGACAGGCACAGAAGAGCCAGAUGAGAUACGCCUGCCCUCAGAGGAGCAAAAACAUGAGAAACUUCAAACUGAGACCCCCCCAUCGGCAGCCCCUGUGUUGCAGGCAGUGCUGGGGGAGCUGAGAGUCUCCAGUGUCACACCCAACUCUGUGCAGCUGCAGUGGAGCGUCCCUGAGGGCUCCUUUGACUCCUUCAUGCUGCAGUACCGGGAUGUCCAGGGCCAGCCCCAGGCCCUGCCCAUCGAUGGUGGGUCCCGCUCAGUGGCGGUGCCGGGCCUGUCCCCUUCCCAGCGAUACCGCUUCCACCUCUAUGGGCUGCGAGGCAGGAAGAAGACUGACCGCGUCUCUAUUGACAUUAUCACAGGAGCUGUAGAAGAGCCAGCAGAACUGUCCCUGCCCACAGAGGAACCACAGCAUGAGAAAUCCCAAACUGAGGCCCCCACAUCUGAGGCUACUACAGCAAAGGCAGUACUGGAAGAGCUGAGGGUCUCGAGCGUCACCCCUAGCUCCGUGGAGCUGCAGUGGACUGUCCCCAGGGGCUCCUUCGACUCCUUUUUGCUGCAGUACCGGGAUGCCCAGGGCCAGCCUCAAGCCCUGCCCAUUGAUGGCAGGUCUCGCUUGGUGACAGUGCCAGGCUUGUCCCCAUCCCAUCGGUACCGCUUCCACCUCUAUGGGCUGCGUGGAGGCAAAAGGACUGACCGUGUCUCUACUGACACUGUCACAGCCAGCGAAGAACCCUUGCCCUCAGAGGAGCCCCAACAAGAGAAACCCAAAACUGAGUCCCCUGAAUCUGAAGCACUCCCAGCAAGAGCAGUGCUGGGGGAGCUGAGUGUCUCCAGUGUCAGACCCAGCUCUGUGCAGCUGCAGUGGACUGUUCCUGAGGGUUCCUUUGACUCCUUCACACUCCAGUACCGGGAUGCCCAGGGACAGCCCCAGGCCCUGCCCAUCGAUGGCGGGUCCCGCUCAGUGACGGUGCCAGGGCUGUCCCCUUCCCAUCGGUACCGUUUCCACCUCUAUGGGCUGCGGGGCAGGAAGAAGAUCGACCAUGUCUCCACUGAGGUCAUGACAGGAGACGCCGCAAAACCAAAGGAAGUGACCCAACCCACAGAGGAACAAGAGAAUGAGGAACCCCAAACUGAGGCCUCCACAUCUGAGCCUACUCCAGCAAAGGCAGUGCUGGAAGAGCUGUGGGUCUCAGGUGUCACGCCCACCUCUGUGGGCCUGCAGUGGACUGUCCCCAGGGGCUCCUUCGACUCCUUUUUGCUGCAGUACCGGAAUGCUCAGGGCCAGCCUCAAGCCCUGCCCAUCGAUGGCAGGUCUCGCUCGGUGACCGUGCCAGGCUUGUCCCCAUCCCAUCGGUACCGCUUCCACCUCUAUGGGCUGCGUGGAGGCAAAAGGACUGACCGUGUCUCUACUGACACUGUCACAGCCAGCGAAGAAUCCUUGCCCUCAGAGGAGCCCCAACAGGAGAAGCCCAAAACUGAGUCCACCGAAUCUGAGGCACACCCAGCACAAGCAGUGCUGGGGGAGCUGAGUGUCUCCAGUGUCACACCCAACUCUGUGCAGCUAGAGUGGAGUGUCCCUGAGGGCUCCUUUGAUUCCUUCACGCUGCAGUACCGAGAUGUCCAGGGACAGCCCCAGGCCCUGCCCAUCGAUGGCGGGUCCCGCUCCGUGACGGUGCCGGGGCUGUCCCCUUCCCAGCGAUACCGCUUCCACCUCUAUGGGCUGCGGGGCAGGAAGAAGAUCGACCAUGUCUCCACUGAGACCAUGACAGGAGCUGUAGAAGAGCCAGCAGAACUGUCCCUGCCCACAGAGGAACCACAGCAUGAGAAACUCCAAACUGAGGCCCCCCCAUCCAAGGCCACUACAGCAAAGGCAGUGCUGGAAGAGCUGAGGGUCUCGAGCAUCACCCCCACCUCAGUGGGCCUGCAGUGGACUGUCCCCAGGGGCUCCUUCGACUCCUUUUUGCUGCAGUACCGGGAUGCCCAGGGCCAGUCCCAGGCCCUGCCCAUUGAUGGCAGGUCUCGCUUGGUGACAGUGCCAGGCUUGUCCCCAUCCCAUCGGUACCGCUUCCACCUCUAUGGGCUUCAUGGAGGCAAAAGGACUGACCAUGUCUCUACUGACACUGUCACAGCCAGCGAAGAAUCCUUGCCCUCAGAGGAGCCCCAACAGGAGAAGCCCAAAACUGAGUCCCCUGAAUCUGAAGCACUCCCAGCAAGAGCAGUGCUGGGGGAGCUGAGAGUCUCCAGUGUCAGACCCAGCUCUGUGCACCUGCAGUGGACUGUCCCUGAGGGUUCUUUUGACUCCUUCACGCUGCAGUACCGGGAUGUCCAGGGACAGCCCCAGGCCCUGCCCAUCAAUGGCGGGUCCCGCUCAGUGACGGUGCCAGGGCUGUCCCCUUCCCAGCGGUACCGCUUCCACCUCUAUGGGCUGCAGGGCAGGAAGAAGAUCGACCAUGUCUCCACUGAGGCCAUCACAGGAGCUGUACAAGAGCCGGACGAACUGCCCAUGCUCACAGAGGAACCACAGCAUGAGAAACCCCAAACUGAGGCCCCCACAUCUGAGGCUACUACAGCAAAGGCAGUACUGGAAGAGCUGAGGGUCUCGAGCAUCACCCCUAGCUCCGUAGAGCUGCACUGGACCGUCCCCAGGGGCUCCUUCGACUCCUUUUUGCUGCAGUACCGGGAUGCCCAGGGCCAGCCUCAAGCCCUGCCCAUUGAUGGCAGGUCUCGCUUGGUGACAGUGCCAGGCUUGUCCCCAUCCCAUCGGUACCGCUUCCACCUCUAUGGGCUGCGUGGAGGCAAAAGGAUUGACCGUGUCUCUACUGACACUGUCACAGCCAGCGAAGAACCCUUGCCCUCAGAGGAGCCCCAACAGGAGAAGCCCAAAACUGAGUCCCCCGAAUCUGAGGCACUCCCAGCACGAGCGCUGCUGGGGGAGCUGAGUGUCUCCAGUGUCACACCCAACUCUGUGCAGCUGCAGUGGAGUGUCCCUGAGGGCUCCUUUGAUUCCUUCACACUGCAGUACCGGGAUGUCCAGGGACAGCCCCAGGCCCUGCCCAUCGAUGGCGGGUCCCGCUCCGUGACGGUGCCGGGGCUGUCCCCUUCCCAGCAGUACCGCUUCCACCUCUAUGGGCUGCGGGGCAAGAAGAAGAUCGACCAUGUCUCCACUGAGACCAUGACAGGUAAGCAGGGAAGAAAGGAUGCCAGCGAAGAACCCUUGCCCUCAGAGGAGCCCCAACAGGAGAAGCCCAAAACUGAGUCCCUUGAAUCUGAGGCACUCCCAGCACGAGCGGUGCUGGGCGAGCUGAGUGUCUCCAGUGUCACACCCAACUCUGUACAGCUGCAGUGGAGUGUCCCUGAGGGCUCCUUUGACUCCUUCUUGCUGCAGUACCGGGAUGCCCAGGGCCAGCCCCAGGCCCUGCCCAUCGAUGCCGGGUCUCACUCAGUGACAGUACCAGGGUUGUCCCCUUCUCAACGGUACCGCUUCCACCUCUAUGGGCUGCGGGGCAGGAAGAAGAUCAACCAUAUUUCCACCGAAGUCAUCACAGCUGACCCAGAGGAUCUGUCCCCACCCUCAAUGGACCCCAUAAAUGAGGCCUCCACAACCGAGGCCCCCACAACUGAGGCCCCCUUGGAACACACAGUGCUGGGAGAGCUGAAGGUCUCCAGUAUCACACCUGACUCUGUGGGGCUGCAGUGGAGUGUCCCAGAGGGCCGCUUUGACUCCUUCAUGCUGCAGUACCGGGAUGCCCAGGGCCAGCCCCAGAUCCUGCCCAUCGAUGGCGGGUCACACUUGGUGACUGUGCCAGGACUGUCCCCAUCCCACCGGUACCGCUUCCACCUCUAUGGGAUGCAGAAAGGGAAAAGGAUUGACCAUGUUUCCAUCGACGUCAUCACAGCAGCCACAGACAAGCAAGAGGAGCCACCCUCCACAUCACAGGAGCCCCAGACUGAAGCUCUGCUAACUGAGGACAACCAGCCUGAGCACCCCCAAACUGAGGUCCCCCCAGUGCGGGCAGUGCUGGGAGACCUGAAAGUCUCCAGCAUCACCCCCAGCUCUGUGCAGCUGCAGUGGAGUGUUCCUGAGGGCUCCUUUGACUCCUUCAUGCUGCAGUACCGGGAUGCCCAGGGCCAGCCCCAGGCCCUGCCUAUUGAUGGUGGGUCCCGAUCGGUGACAGUGCCGGGCCUGUCCCCUUCCCAGUGGUACCGCUUCCACCUCUAUGGGCUGCAGGGCAGGAAAAGGACCAACCGUGUCUCCACCGACAUUGUCACAGGUGAGGGGGAAGAUGAGAAAGUGAAAGGAUGGUUCAGUGAACUUGUUGAUUCUCACGGCUGUCAUCAUUCCCUCUCCAUCACAGAUGCAGCAGUGCCAGAGCAGCUGCCCCUACCUUCACAGGAGCCCCAGCCUGAAGACCACAACCCUGAGCAGCCCCAAACUGAGCAGCCCCAAACUGAGGCUAACCAGGGACAGGUGGUGCUGGGGAAGUUGAGGGUCUCCAGUGUCACACCCAACUCUGUGCAGCUGCAGUGGAGCGUCCCCGAGGGCUCCUUCGACUCCUUCACGCUGCAGUACCGGGAUGCCCAGGGCCAGCCCCAGGCCCUGGCUGUUGAUGGAGGGUCCCGAUCAGUGACAGUGCCGGGGCUGUCCCCAUCCCGCCGGUACCGCUUCCACCUCUAUGGGCUGCGGGACAAAAGAAGGAUUGACCGUGUCUCCACCGAUGUUGUCACAGCUGACCCAGAGGAUCUGUCCCCACCCUCAAUGGACCCCACAAAUGAGGCCUCCACAACUGAGGAUCAUGAAACUGUACAUCCCCAAACUGAGGCCCCUCCAUCUGCGGCCCCCUCGGCAUGGGCAGUGUUGGAAGAACUGAAGGUCUCCAGUGUCACAUCCAACUCUGUGCAGCUGCAGUGGAGCGUCCCCAAGGGCUCCUUUGACUCCUUCAUGCUGCAGUACCGGGAUGCCCAGGGCCAGCCCCAGGCCCUGCCCAUCGAUGGCAGGUUGCGCUUGGUGAUGGUGCCAGGGCUGUCCCCAUCUCACCAGUACCGCUUCCACCUCUAUGGGCUGCAGGGUGGGAGGAAGACUAACCAUGUCUCUACUGAUGUCAUCACAGCUGAUGGGGAAGCUGCAGCUGUGUCGGAGGAGCUGCCCCUGCCCUCAGAGGAGCCCCAAGAUGAGCAACACGAAACUAAGGCCCCCUCAUCUGCAACAACCCCAAUGCGAGCAGUGCUGAAGGAGCUGAGAGUCUCCAGUGUCAGCCCUGACUCUGUGCAGCUGCAGUGGAGUGUCCCUGAGGCGCCCUUUGACUCCUUCCUGCUGCAGUACCGGGAUGCCCAGGGCCAGCCCCAGGCCCUGCCCAUUGAUGGAGACUCCCGCUCAGUGACAGUGCCGGGGCUGUCUCCGUCCAGCCGGUACCGCUUCCACCUCUAUGGGCUGCGGGGCAGGAAGAGGGUCUACCAUACCUCCACUGAAGCUGUUACAGCUGCAGACAACUUCGAUGAGCAACCUGUGCCUUCAGAAAAGCUCCAACCUGAGGAUCCCCAAUCUAAAGAUCCCCCAGUUGAGUCCCCCUCAACUGACAACCACUUGGCAAAGGCAGUGUUGGGAGAGCUGAGAGCCUCCAGUGUUACACCCAGCUCCGUGCAGCUGCAGUGGAGUGUCCCCAAGGGCUCCUUUGACUCCUUCACGUUGCAGUACCGGGAUGCCCAGGGCCAGCCCCAGGCCCUGCCCAUCGAUGGAGACUCCCGCUCAGUGAUGGUGCCGGGGCUGUCCCCAUCCCGCCGGUACCGCUUCCACCUCUAUGGGCUGCGGGGAGGGAAAAGGAUUGACCGUGCCUCUACCGACAUCGUCACAGCCACAGCCAAGACAGAGGAGCUGCCCCUGCCCUCAGAGGACCCCCAACCUGAGGAUCCCAAAGGAAAAGAUCCCCAAGUUGAGACCACCCCAUCUGCAGCCCCCCUGGCACGGGCAGAGCUGGGGGAGCUGAAGGUCUCCAGUGUCAGACCCAACUCUGUGCAGCUGCAGUGGAGUGUCCCUGAGGGCUCUUUUGAGUCCUUCACGCUGCAAUACCGGGAUGCCCAGGGCCAGCCCCAGGCCCUGCCCAUCGAUGGCGGGUCCCGAUCAGUGACAGUGCCGGGCCUGUCCCCUUCCCAGCGGUACCGCUUCCACCUCUAUGGACUGCAGGGUGGGAAAAGGAUUGACCAUGUCUCCACUGAGGCCAUCACUGGCACCCCAGGGACCCUCUGGGUAGGCUCUGUGUGGCCCCGCAGUGCAUGGCUGCACUGGAACCCCCUGCAAGUCCCCCCUGAUGGCUAUGAGCUGGAGUAUGGCCCCCCCGCCGGACCCCAGCAGACCCUAUGGCUGCCUCCCGAGGCUACGUCGCAGCAGCUGUGGGGACUAGAGCCGGCAGGACACUAUGGGGUGCGCUUGUGGGGCCGAGGGGGAGACCCCCAAACAGCCCCCCUCGAAGCCACCUUUGACACUCCUCCCCUCCCACACCCGCACCCCCGGGACUGCGCCGAGGAGCAGCAGAACGGGCCGGGCCCCUCGCGGGAGACCCUCAUCUUCCUCCGGGGGGACCCGGCCCGGCCCCUCAGGGUCUUCUGUGACAUGGAGACGGACGGCGGCGGCUGGCUGGUGUUCCAGCGCCGCCAGGACGGGAGCACCGACUUUUGGCGGGGGUGGGAGUCGUACGCCCGCGGCUUCGGCAACAUCAGCGGCGAAUUCUGGCUCGGCAACGAGGCGCUGCACGAGCUGACAAGCGCGACCCCCACGGAGCUGCGCAUUGACCUGCGGACUGCCCGCGACUCCGCCUUCGCGCUCUACCGCGACUUCGCUGUCGGCAGCGCCGAGGAGCGAUACCGGCUCCGAGUGGGAGCGUUCAGCGGCACCGCCGGGGACGCCCUCUCCUACCACUCGGGCAGCCCCUUCUCGACACGGGACCGGGACUCCCGAGACCCUCGGGACCGCCGGGACCCCUCGGGGCGGCCCCGGCCCCCACCCUGCGCCGUGGCCUACGGGGGAGCCUGGUGGUACCGCAACUGCCACUACGCCAACCUGAACGGGCGCUACGGGACCCCCCGAGACCACCAGGGCAUCCACUGGUUCCCCUGGAAAGGCUUCAACGUCUCCAUCCCCUUCACCGAGAUGAAGCUGCGGCCACAGCACGGCUGAGGGGGCCCCCUGAGUGCUGGGGCUAGGGGGAUCCCAGAGCCCCCGGGGGGUCCCAAAUGGGACCUGGGGAGGCUCAAAGGUGAAACUUUUAUUGGGGGGGUAAUAAAAGCUGAUGGUGA